GUCGCUGGGCUGCUGAGCUCAGCAGAGGAACAGGAGGCUGAUGGGUGAUCACCAAUGUGUGUCAGAAAGAGACAACGUUUUGUCCCCAGAAGGAAGUCGAGUCCCCACAACAUGAUGAAUAGACAUAUGUCCCCACGAUGUGAGUAAUACAGCGCCCUCACACAGAGUGGGCGUUGCCAGGUGGAGGUGAUGGAGUAUAAGUGGCGAGGAGAUCCUCAGUUCGGUCUCACACCAGCCAACUUCCCAGCUGCUCCUCCUCUACAUCACACUCACCUCCUCCUCCUCUGACGACUCUACAGCUCUCCUCCACUAUGGCAGCACUAUGGCUCCAGUCUGUCUCUCUACUGGUCUUACUGGUUGUGUCAUGGCCAGGCUCCCAGGCCGUCAGCCCCCCACAGCACCUGUGUGGCUCUCACCUGGUCGACGCCCUCUACCUGGUCUGUGGGGACAGAGGCUUCUUCUACAACCCCAAAAGAGACGUUGACCCUCUGCUGGGUUUCCUGCCCCCAAAGGUGGGCGGAGCUACAGCAACGGGCGGAGAGAAUGAGGUGGCUGAAUUCACCUUCAAGGACCAGAUGGAAACAAUGGUGAAGCGAGGCAUCGUGGAGGAGUGCUGCCACAAGCCCUGCAACAUCUUUGACCUGCAGAACUACUGCAACUGAACAGCAGGGCCAAGGCCCCACCUCCACCUCCACCAGAAAAGCACAGCGCUGCCCUCUCUCUGAAAAACGCUGCGCAAUGGAUGAAAGUGUUUUUCCUAGAAAAUAAAGAUUUUGUGAAAUUAGA